GACAGCUUUCCUGCCCGUUUUGGAGGAGUCCAUUUUGUCAACCAGCCCUGGUACAUCCAUGCCCUGUACACACUAAUCAAACCGUUCCUCAAAGACAAGACAAGGAAAAGGAUCUUCCUUCACGGUAACAACCUGAACAGCCUUCACCAGCUAAUACACCCUGAAUGCCUGCCCUCUGAAUUUGGGGGAACUCUUCCUCCGUAUGACAUGGGGACGUGGGCUCGAACACUACUUGGUCCUGACUACAGCGACGAAAACGAGUACACCCACACCUCCUACAACGCCAUGCAUGUGAAGCAUGUGUCCUCCAACCUGGAGCGAGAGGCCUCGCCCAAACCCAUGAAAAGGUCUCAGUCUGUGGUGGAAGCUGGCACACUGAAACAUGAAGAUCAGGGGGAAAGCGAGAACACCCAACCACUGCUGGCUCUGGACUGAGCUCCCACGUGCCCGACACACACAGAUACACUGACAGACUUCCACCGUACCAGAAACCCACAGAGCACACAACAUGCACACAAACACACGCACGCGUUUUGCUUGAGAACAAGUCCUUCAUGGUUCCUGAGCAAGUCACAACUGUCACCAGCCAUCUGUCCAUGCAGCCAAUGCUGAACAAUAAAUGAGAAAUUUCUAUGACACGGGAGUCUGCACAUAUACAAAGAAUUUUUUUUUUUUACUUAUGAUAUUAAACUAUUGGAAAUGAUGGGACUGUAUUCUCUGUUUAAAGAAACCAGGGUGUGUCAGUAGAAGUUUGCCUGA